AUGGAUGAGAAAGACCUGAGCGACUUAUUGGCCAAUGUCAAAAUAGACCCCAGCUUGACAUCGAGAAUGAGCCAAAUGGACAACUUCAAACUUCCGGAAUUGAUGGUCCUUAAGACAGAUAUCGAGGCACAGCUGGAGGCAUAUUUUGGCCUGCUCAAGGAGCAGGGCAUAGGUAUGGAUUCUCCGUUGGUAACACCGGAUGGCUAUCCUCGUUCGGAUGUCGAUGUAUUGCAAAUCACUAUGAUCAGGAAGAACGUCAAUAUGUUAAAAAACGAUUUGAAUCACGUUUUGCAAAAAUCACAUGUGUUGUUGAAUCAGCAUUUUGAUAAUAUGAACGUUAAAACGCACCAAAAAGCCAACGAUAACGGCGCGAAUAGUGGUGACCAACCCGUCCAGUAUGCUAUCCCCUUUGCAUUCAUCAGUGAGGUAGUGCCAGGUAGCCCAUCGGAUAAAGCCGGCAUUCAGAUCAAUGAUAAACUGAUAUCCAUCGGCAGUGUGCAUGCGGCAAACCAUUCCAAGCUACAAAACAUUCAAGCGGUUGUCAUAAAGAAUGAAGAAAAGCCACUGCCUGUCCGUCUCUUGAGGGAUGGGCAAAUCCUCACAACGUCGCUAUCGCCUUCGAGAAGCUGGAACGGCAAAGGUCUGUUAGGCUGUAGGAUACAAGAGUUGUGA